AGAGAACAUGUAGUCACUACUGCCCUCCACACUUACGCGUCGCUGUGGCGCUGACAGAGCGCGGUCUUUGCCGCAGUGUAACGCUUUGGGUUUCCUGUAGGUUCAGAUUGUGGCGUUUGUACAGGGCUGCGUCAGAAGCACAGAGAGAGAGGAGAGAGCUGGGAUUAGACUGAGAUCUGCUGCAAGAGCCUGGAGACAGCUGCCGCAGAGUUACAAACAAACGCAGAUAUACUGACAGGGAAGUGGGGCUUAACAAUUACUGUCAGUACAGAAUUGGCGUGUAUUGGAGUGUAAUUUACCUGGAUAGGUGCUGUUAAAGUACUGACGUUUCGUGAGUUCAUUAUUUUCUGGAUAAUUCAGGAGUGACAAGGUGCUUUUCUGUAGAUCAUUUACAAGUACAUACAGUGUUUAUACUGUCUUCGUGAACUGACAGAAGAAAUGACAGAGCUGAGAAAGAGAGGAGGCGGAGACCGUGAUGCAGAAAACAUCAGUGACAAGGAUACCGAUGGAGAGGACAGAUUUGGACUGGGAGGAGAAGGAGACAGAGACUCCAAACCCGACACAGAUACUCCAGAAGUACAACCCUCUGUAGAUAACACUCCCAAAUGUCUCAACAAAGCCCUGGCAGGGAUGUCUUCAAGGUGGAAGAACUGGUGGAUUCGUGGGAUCUUGACACUAACAAUGAUUUCUGGCUUUUUUCUAAUCAUCUACAUGGGACCUCUUCCGCUAAUGCUAAUGGUCCUAGCCAUUCAAAUCAAGUGUUUCCAGGAGAUUAUAACUAUCGGCUACAGAGUUUAUCAUUCCUAUGAGCUUCCAUGGUUCAGAACACUAAGCUGGUACUUCUUGCUGUGUGUCAAUUACUUCUUCUAUGGAGAGACUGUGGCUGAGAACUUUGGGAAUUUGGUCCAGAGAGAUGAACCUCUACAGUUUCUGGUUCGCUACCACCGCUUCAUUUCCUUCGCUCUCUACUUGUCAGGUUUCUGCAUGUUUGUACUGAGUUUAGUGAAGAAACAUUACCGCCUGCAGUUUUAUAUGUUUGCUUGGACCCAUGUGACCCUGUUAAUUGUAGUCUCACAGUCACACCUUGUCAUCCAAAACCUGUUUGAAGGACUGAUCUGGUUUAUUGUACCAAUCUCUACUGUCAUCUGUAAUGAUAUAACAGCUUACAUUUGUGGUUUCUUCUUUGGAAGGACACCCUUAAUUAAGUUAUCUCCAAAGAAGACUUGGGAAGGUUUUAUUGGAGGAUUCUUUUCAACAGUCAUGUUUGGAUUCAUAUUCGCCUAUCUGUUGGCACAGUACAAUUACUUUGUGUGCCCUGUGGAAUACAGUGAAUCAAACAGUUUUCUAAUCGAUUGUGAACCGUCAGAUCUGUUCGUGCUGCAGGACUACACACUUCCUUCAGUGUUGCAAACUGUGCUUAGAUGGAAAACAGUGAAGAUCUAUCCAUUCCAGAUCCACAGCAUUGCGCUUUCUACUUUUGCAUCGCUUAUAGGGCCAUUUGGAGGAUUCUUUGCUAGUGGAUUUAAAAGAGCUUUCAAAAUCAAAGAUUUUGCAGACACAAUUCCUGGUCAUGGUGGGAUCAUGGAUCGAUUUGACUGCCAGUACUUAGUGGCAACAUUUGUCCAUGUUUACCUCACCAGCUUCAUCAGGGGACCCAACCCUAGUAAAGUGUUACAACAGCUUUUGGUUCUGCAGCCAGAACAACAACUAAGCAUCUUCAACACAUUGAAAUCCCACCUAACAGAAACAGGAAUGAUCCCGCCUGCAAUCAGGGGGCCGUAAGACUGUAAGACAAACCGAACGCUACGGCAUCUCCACAAUAAAAAAGGACCUGCACACUAAGACCGUCCUGCUGUAGCUUCAUACCAUUGCAGAUUAGGAUUUUAAGAAGACUGCUUAUUCUCUAACAUUACUGUGAAACACUAGUACUUUGACAUCAAGAGUUCAAAUGGGCAGCCGUCAUGCUACUGUGAGUGUUGCAUGAAAGAGUAAGCAAUGGGAGACUACACUGGUGCCUGUGAAGAAGACUUUAAAAGCAAUAUCAAAAUAUUGCUGAGUGUGUAAAAUGCUUCGUUCAUAUUCAGAUAUUCUGCUGAAUCAAAUUUAAGAAGGAAGGAAUGGUACAAAGUAUUAGUCUUUCCUACAGAAGGUAAACUUCAUCUGAAUGUAGAGGUAAAGUACAUGGACCCUUUUACUCUAUUUACAUUGAACUGAACAAAACUUAUUUGGUUAUAAUAGGAAGUCUGAUUUUAAACAUUUAUUACUAUUUAUUGAAUAUUACUAAGUGAAGAUGCAUCAGACAGUUUGCAAUAACCUUAAUGUUCGCUCAAAUAGGUACUGUAUCUUUAUUUGUCCAUCACACAUUAAGGGUAAAGGAUACUGUAGAACAUACUGGGGGUCUACUUCAAAUGUUGUAGUUAAGCAGCUGAGUUCUUCUCCAGCAGCAUCAUAGCAAUAGAUAUAUACAAUGUAUAGUACAUGCCCAAGUAUAUCAAAUAAAUACAUAGAAAUGAUAUACCUAUAUGUAUAUAUGACUCAUUUAAUAAAUAUAUAUAUUUGCAAAUGUAUUUAGGACAAAGGUGAAUGGUAUUGUUUUUAAUUUGACUGUGUAUGUAGCAUGUAUAAAACUUCGAUACAAAAGGAAGAUGUACAAUACUAGUGAUCCAGUUACUGCAGUAAAGCAUCUGCAAGGAGUUUGAAGUAGUGCGUCACUGUAGAUUUAAUUGCAGUUUACUGAGAUUGCACUGUGACCUGUGUGUUUACAAUCCAGUAGGAAAUGGGAAAGGAAACCAAAUCAUUUUGCAAUUCAAGUGUGUUACUGCUUUAACCCAGACACUCUGUAAAAUAAGUAAAUACUGAGUGUUGCUUCCAGAAUGAGCAAACCAUGGGAUUUGUUAGAAAUAUGUGCUGACUAUCAUAGUAACAACUAUCGAGGAUUUUGGUUAGGUUUGGUCUCUCCUGAAUGUUCUUCACCGUUUUGUUUUUUUUUUUCUUUAAUAAUUUUAAAGCGUCUCAUAAAGAAUAAACAUUAAACAAUAGCUAUGUCUGAGAUUGGUAUACAAAUAAAGUAUGUCAAACUCACCAGCAGUUCUCCCUGUACUGUUCUCUUGAUUGGAAAGUUAAGUUCGCAUUGUCUGCACAGUCUGCGUUUUUGCAAGUAAAUGAAGAUGGAAUAUAUUGAUAAUCACUCAUGUUGUGGCAGUAGAGAAUACCUGUACAAUGCAGAACAAUUUCAAAUCAGAUAAAGUUUAUGUCCAUAGUCUUACAGUCAAACCUGCUUACAACAACUGCUUAAGUUUUAAAUAGACAGGUGCAUCACAGGUCUUUAUUACUUGGCUGUAUUUUUGUUUUCAAAUUAAAAAGAGCAGUCAAAUAUUGCUUGCUAGGAAUCUGACUAUUUCAGUUCCACCAAUUGUGUUUUUUUAGGAGUUUAUCUAGGUAAACUGAAUUUUCUAAAGACUUUUUCAGCAAGGUGCACUGGAUUCACAAGCAUAUGCUGCAGCUAAUUAGUAAAUACCUGUGUUUAACCAAGACAUUUGCAGUAUUGUAGUUUCAUAUUGGUAGACAAUUUCUGAUUUGUAAUUACCUUAGGCAUAUGAUCCAUGUGUUGUCCAAAGAAAUAAAAGCCUCCACAUUACUUCUAACUGAAAUCGAGGGUCCUAGACAACAAGCUAAACAACAAGCUUCAUUAUCAAAAUUUGUAAUCAUUCACACACCAAAAAAAAUGUGUGUGUGUGUGUGUGUGUGUGUGUGUAUAUGUCCUUCUGGGUUAAGUACAUACAUGCACAGUAGGUGUGAUUUAGGUGCUAGAAUAGUGUCUCUAAGAAUUACACAUAUUGAGCUAAAUUCUCAAAGCUAUUUACUCCAAAUCGGCAUUAGCACAUUUUUUCAGAAAGGAGAAAUGCACCCAAUAAAGUUACCAAACCAGAUAGAAACAACUAAGACUUUUUACUUAAGAACUUGUUAGUAGUCAUACGUUGUUUCUUGUUCAUUUUAGAAUUACAUUUUGGUGUUUGGUUUUUUUCCCUUUCAGAAAAAGAUUGUGCUAAUGAUGAUUUAGGAUUAAAUAGCUUUGAGAACCUAGCCCUUGUGCUUUGGGUGGUGUUGUACUGGACAGGAGUAAUGUAUUUUGCUGAUGACUCUUAGUGGUAUAGCAUGCAUUGUUUAGUUUUCAUCAUUUGUAGUUGUACUGUAGCUUGUUAAGUUUGGGAGGUUAAUGGUUAAGACUGCUCCGUGGAUAUGGUAAUGAUUCUAGGGUGUACAGUAUUUCAUGUCACACAAGAACUGUUCUGUGCAAUGUAUUUUCAGCUGUUCUGUGCAAUGUAUUUUGAACUGUUCUGUGCAAUGUAUUUUGACACUGCUAUACCCUAACACUUCUUUGUUAAAUCUGUCAUAUAUAUUUUGUCACCUGCUGCUUGUCAUACCCUGGUUGAUCACAUUAUUUAUAUUUUAUUGUGACUCAUUUAAGACUGCCUAUUGUUUUUCUCUAUAUUUUAAGAUUGGUCUCAUAGUAAGACCUUUAGUAUUGCACAAUCCAGACAUCCUUUUCAUACGAGCACAAUCAAUCUGAAGAUGCCUUUUUUAUUUUUGUGGCAGCGCUUAUAGAAAAUAAUGACAAUAAGAGUUGUUUUAAUUAUCCCUUCAAGUUAUUAACUGAAGAAGCACAACUGUACUGUUUUAUUUUUUUUAAUGUAUUUAUUUAUUUGCUUUUGAAGAACUAAUUAAAAUACAUGUCCCUUAAAAUAUCCCUUGAUAUGUAAUUCUUGCAUAUUACAAAUAGGGUGCAAAAUAUAGAGCCGUUGGGUGGGAGUAGCCUGGUUUUAAGUCCUCUCUUUCACCACUUUAACAUGACCUAGCUACAGGCAAGGUAACUGUCAAACCCUUCUGCUAACAGUGUGUGGCAAGGACAGUAUAAAACACAAAUACAGUCAAACGGUUUAUACUGUUUUUAUUAAAUACAAUGUAGGGAAACUUUUAGCUUAGUACACCUUACAAGGUAGCUUGCAAUAACAAUCAAAUGUUAAAUGUACUAAUUGUUGCCCCAAAACUAUUUUGGUGGGUUUUUUUAACACUCAAAUUAUUUAAAUACCUCUUAUAUAUGUGGAGCAGUGUGAUUAACGCCUCUCUCUCCCAGGACUUGUGAAAUGUGUCUCAAGUUUGGGGGGGGGGGGGAAUAUGACUUGUACGAAAAUUGAGUUCUGCGUUCUUUACCAUUUUAUUAAAUGUUUCAAGCUUGAUCUGCAAGACAAGAAAGUCCCCAAGGGCUAGCCCUUGAUUUUAAACUAAUGAGUGAGUUGGAAACAUAAUAACACCAAAUUUAUUAUUACAAAUAUGUGACAUGAUCUUUGAGAUUCAUCUGCUUUUAUUGUUGCAUUAAGGAAAGUGACCUGACUGUGUUGGAAACUGUGAGAACACACUGUAACCUGUUUAUUGCAUUUGAAUGUUGUAAAUCUGAUUUGACUACUGCUUGAAAUAUUGUAACAUUUAAACUUGACAUAUACACAAUAUUAAAGAAAACAAGUUUUAUUUUUAUACUGUAUUUCUAGCAAUUAAAAAAUAAAUAAAAAAAUAAUUAGGGUUAUUGAUAGCUGUCCUAGUAAACAUGUUUAUGGAAAUGUGUUAUUUAAGGGAGUUUGUUCAUUUCAUAAAACAAAAAAAUACAGAUGGUUUAGUGCCCAGGUGGCAAAUGACUUCUAACAAAACGUAGAAUCUCAAUAAUAUGUAGGCAUUGUACCAUUUAAAAUAGCCACCAACACACCAACUGUGGCCACAAUUGUCAUUUAGAUUUAUUUAGAAGCUUUAAAAUGGGGUAAAUUGAGUAAAAUAAUAAUAAAGAAUAUUUUAAAAAGUCAAA